AUGACAAUCAAUCAUGUUUUCGUUUGGGGCACCUCGGCCAACUUUGUAGCCCUGCGGUCUUUCUAUCAAACUAUUCUACAACCGCUACACUAUAGCGAGAUGCUCCGAGGUAGUGACCAACUUGUCGGAUAUGGUAGUGACUAUCCUUAUUUCUGGCUUAAGCAAUUGCCUGAGGGCAAGACAACAAUGCCAACCCAUAUUGCGUUCGAUGCACCAAAUCGCGAAGCUGUCGACAAGUUCUAUGAAGUUGGUCUACAGAAUGGAGGGCGCGGCAAUGGUGCUCCAGGGAUUAGGAAGGAGAUGAGUCGACAGCCGUACUAUGCAGCUUUCUUAUUGGAUGUGGAUGGGAAUAAUAUCGAAGCCGUGUAUGUUCUGAAGUGA